AUGAGGCAUUUGAUCGUGUUGUCAGUGCUUGCCGUUUCGGGGUACGCGGCCCCUCAAGGUUAUUCCUUACCUCACCCGUCUAGAGCUGGAUUUACCACAAGACCAAGCUCCCAGAUUGGAGAGGGACUUACGACUGGUUCUGGCAUUUCUUCUGAUUCAACAGGCCAGUCUUUUUUAUCGGGAACUGCUAGUGGACUAAGUCUUAUAACAGGACAGGCAUCCUCAUCUGGAAUUAGUGUUCCUUCUGGUGCCUCUGUGCCCGGCAUCUCCUUAGAAACAAAUGCUGCUUUAGGAGUGGGCAACAAUGCAGGAUCUGGUGUCGACAGCAUUAUUGUAUGCAAGGAAGGGGAAAUUCUGCAUGUGGAUGGUACUUGUGUUGUUCCAGAAGUAUCUAGAAAAGUUUUCGUUUUUGAUGUUCCUCAACAGGAGCAGUUGACAGGUCCCCCACCAAGUGUUCCACCACCAAAGGUGGAUCACAACAUCCUCUUCGUGCGUCUUCCUGAAGAGGGUCUCGGACCUGAACCUAUCGUGGUUCCUCCACCAAGACAGAACAACAUCGUCUACGUACUCAACAAGCAAGGAGAACAGUCACAGAGAGUGAUCGAGGUACCCGCUCCUCCACCCUCAGAGCCUGAGAUUUACUUUGUGAAUUACGAAGAGGGAGAAAACCCGACUCUUCCAGGAGGUGUUGAUCUUCAUACUGCUCUUGGUUCAGCCGCUGAAACCGGUGGUGAAGUCAUCGGUACCUUCGGAGGAGACGGAGGACUUCUAGGAAGUACAGGGGACCAGGCUGGUGUAGGCAAUUUUGGUGUUCUACAGGGUAAUGUGGGUGUAGACAUCGGAGUCGGUAUUGGGGGAGGAAGUACCGGUGUAUCCGGCAACGUUGGAAGUGGAAGAGGACAAGGAGGAAGUGGAGCUGUAGGUACCGUCGGAGGAACUGUUGGUACUAAUGCUGGAGUAAUUCAGGGUAAUCUGAACACCCCUUCAGGCCUAUAUGGCACUCCUUAA